UGCUAACUAUAUCAUUGUUGAAGAUUCUGAUUCUUUAACAAACUCUAGUUUAUCAAAUAGUGACUUGGAUUUUUUUAAUAAUUUGGAUUUUUCAACUAACUACAUAUUAUCAGAUAACAGUUCGGAUCUGCAUUUAGAUAAUAGUUCGGAUUUGCAUUUAGAUAAUAGUUCGAAUUUGCAUUUAGAUAAUAGUUCAGAUUUGCAUUUAGAUAAUAGUUCAGAUCUGCAUUUGGAACUACAAGCAAAGAUUAUUAUUAAUGUUGAAAAAAUUUCUUAUAAAGUAAAUGGACGAGGUCAUGCGAUGGCAUUAGAUGAUGAAUGUGAUUAUGAUGCAUUCAUUACCGAGUGCAAAAAUCUAA